GUUAGCUAGCACGGGAUUAAGGGACUUGAGUUAAUGAUGACACAUUUAUUUAUUGAAGAAAACGACUGUCGGCAUACCUGCUUUUUCGCUUGGAGUCGCCCUGUUUCGCUGGGUAAAAGCAGCAGAAACGACAGGGUCGAUUUUUAUCGAAACAGCCAGAGGUGUGCAGUGGGGUUUGAGCUAGCUGUUAACUAGGUGUGCUAACACCAAGCGGCCAGCUAGCGUUAUCAGGCAGACAUUGACAGGAACGUAACCCAGUAAAUAGAUAUCUCAAGCUUUCCAUCGCGGUUCGUUCGUUUGUUGCGAAAAUGGAAGACGCUCAGGAACAGUUUUUCGAGCAGGAAGAAUACGACAAUGACGACAAACCGUUAUCAUCUGCUUUCAGUCCCCCUUUCCGCCCCACUCGACUGCACAUCCAGAGAAGUAGUAUCUGCUCUCGGGCUUACUUCGUUGUGGUCAUGGUCUUCUUCCAUGUUUAUAUUCUGAAUGUAAUCGGCUUGCUGCUGUACGUGCACUACAACAACGGCCCCGGGGAUCUUGCCAGUGGAGACGGGGCCACCUCAGCAUCAGUCGGCGACAGUGGAACCCCAUUGCCCCAUCCUGCUCCAGUUUCAAGGGAGCUGCAUGUGGAGGACUACACUCAAAGCUUCAGUCUACCUCGCAUUGAGGGGAUACGGGUGGGUCAUGUUCAGCAGGUGUCCCUCGUGCCGGACAGAACACAUGAGAUGAAGACCAUCAGCCUGAAACCUCUGCUAUUUGAGAUCCCUGGCUUCCUGUCAGAGGAGGAGUGCCGUGUGGUGGUGCAGCUGGCUCAGCUCAAGGGUCUGAUGGAGAGCCAGACAACAGCACCCAGCCAGGGACAAGAGGAGUCAAACCAGCCUCUACUUUCUCUCAGCACAGAGGAGGUCUUCAGUCUGUUGGACCUAAACCAGGACGGGCUGCUUCAGAAGAAGGAGAUUGUAAGUCACUCACGCUCUCAAGAUGGAACUUGGUUGAACCCAGACAAUUUACGGCAGAUUCUCGCUGGUCUGGAAGCCUGCCCAACAGGGAUGCUAAACUUGGAGGACUUCAGGCGUGUUUAUGAUGUGUCCCAGCGGCCAGGACAAAAGCGAAGCGGGAAGCUCCAGCAUCAGUUCAAACAGAGAAGCAAACAUACGUGGCUAUACCAAGGCCUGGGAUCCCACCAUGUGCUGCACACACUCAAGAACAGAGUGACCAGCCUGACACGUCUGCCCUCUGCAUUGGUUGAGCUGAGUGAGCCGCUGCAGGUGAUUCGCUAUGAGCAGGGAGACUUCAGUAAUGCACACCAUGACAGCAGCCCCUCUCAUUCAGAGACUACCUGCACACACACACGACUGGCAGGAAACACAUCUGUUCUAACGGAGGUCUCUUGCAGGUAUCUUACCAUGUUAUUCUACCUCAGCUCUGUAGAGGAAGGUGGUGAGACGACCUUUCCAGUGGCAGACAACCGUACCUAUGAAGAGCAAGCACUCGUCCAGGAUGGAGUUGAUUUGACCGACACCCAGGAGACAUGUGGCAGAGGGAACCUGAGAAUGAAACCUACUGCUGGGACAGCUCUCCUCUGGUACAACCAUCUGUCUGAUGGUAGAGGUUGGAUGGGUGAGCUAGAUGAGUAUUCCCUGCACGGCGACUGUCCAGUCAGGCGUGGGGUGAAGUGGGUGGCCAAUAGCUGGGUAAAUGUGGACCCAGAUCACCAGCAGCAGGCCCGCUACCAGAGACUAGUUGCUCAAAGGCAUCGAGUCAAGUCAGGCAUGGAGGAGCAUUACCAACCUCUCUCACACAGCAACCUCCACCAGGAUCUAUAGCCGGGCCUUUCUAAUAACAAGACAAAUGAACCGUAAUUUUAAAAGUGAGUGAGUCUUGCAUCUAUGAAGCCUGGCGUGACAAACUUUUCCACUAUGUCAGAUGCUGUAGUCAAAAUGAAAAUUGCACAAAAAAACAUCACAGAUAUCUUCUCCUUUCAGUAAAUCUGUCAUUAUAUUGUUUUCCUCUCCAUUCAUUUUAAUACAUAGAUCACAAAUACAUGUGAAUUAAAUAGAGUGAAUGCCAUCCUCUAGCGCCUUACAGAAAAUACCACUUAUUCCUAAUAGCAGAUAUAUAUGGAUACUGUCACAUGAGUUGGAAAAGAUGCAACCAUGUCUGAAAGAUAAACCUGCUUGUCUGCCUUCCAUUUGGGUUUGCUAUACAUCUGCCCCUGUUGCAGGUCAGUGUUUAUUGUAGAAUUGAAGCCUUUUGUUACAAGCCAUAUCAUAAUAUUCAUCUGUGAAUGUGUUCCCAAGGGAUGUUUUUGUGAGACCAUUUGUAUCUGUUCUCUUUUUGUUUCCAGAGUUUAUCAUGAAUUGUUACUUAAUAAGGGGUUUGCCACACCUACUGCAAAUGCAGGACUGUUCUUGACCGGACAAAAUGAUUGCUUAUCACGCUGGCUGUGGGAGGCCAGUCCUUCAGGUGUAAUUUAAACUCAAGUCUUUGAUAUUCCAAGUUUUGUGUUUCUUAUCCUCACAACUCAAAAAUAUUUAAUUCAGAGUAUUUAUUUGAGUGUUAUUUAUUACCAAUAUGAUUUAAGUUAAAGGAAUGCAUAUUUAUUACAGCUUGAUGUUGCACUGAAUCUGUUGCUGUAUUUUAUUGUAUUUGUCCUAUGUU